AGCGCCGUCUCGUCGAUGUGUGUCGUAUGGUUGGACAUACUGUUUCUGUGUGUGUGGUGUUAUUUUAACAAUGACACUCGCGGGAACCAAUUUCUCUCGGUCAGUCAGUUGGAGCUAAUCAAACGUUGCAGACUUGCUACUUGUUUCUGUAAUAGUGUCCGUCAUUUUGAUAAUCGAUUCGGUGUCGUCAAUUGCGAAUCAGUGAUUACGUUUUGAUCCAGAAAAAGAUUGUUGAAUACUGUUCGUGAAAAAGUUAAAUUGUGACCUCGUCGCAACCGGAAAAUUUCGGGGAAAAUAGUGUAGUUUGAGAAAUUCAGCAAGUGGCUGAAACUAGUGAUUCUUCUGUAUAGUGAGCACAAGUGCACACUGUCCUGAAAGGAAAUCGAUACGGCAUUCAUACAGCCAAGGUUUGGUCAGCGCUGUGGAAAGCCGGCUAGAAGUUAAAAAGUGUUCGCUUCACGUGUGACAGGCGCGCAGUUUGAUUCCUAGUGAACGGUGCAAGUUCUUCGCUUGUAAAACGUGAUUCUGCCUCACGGCAUACUUCCCAUAUGUAUAAAUUCUUUGUAAAUUCAAGCGUGACAUAUAUAAUAAAAUAAUACUGUUGAGUGCAGAUCAAGUUCGGCAAAUAGUGUACUGUCAUUGGAGCUUGACAAAGCGAAAAUAAGCGAGCUUGGAUACACAUUUCACAUAAACAUACUCAGAUCGGUAUUUUUUGUUUUGGUUGCCUUUUCACAAAUAGUUAAUUUCAUGUGUAAAUUAACAAGCAAGAAGAACUCGAUACUUCUCGACAACAAGAAACGUGUUAGACUUUUUUUCCGGAAACCACGCUACACACAUUACUGCUCAGUUUGGUAUAUUAUAGAAUCGGCAGCAGCGGCGGCGAAGAAAAAAAAGGCCAACGGCGCUGAUCGACGGGCACGGAUAAACUGAACUUCCAUCGCCAUAAGCGAGAUAUUUGAAUCAUAAUUGCUGCUAACAUAAUUAAACUGAGCGUGACCGGAACCUCACUGAAUUUAAUCAAUUCCUUUCCAAGGCCUUGUCGAAGUGAGCGAUUAUCCCGACACUUAGAAAGGCUCCUGCAGUGUGGUGUCGUAUCUAGGAGUUCCUCGACUUCAUCGCAGGUAGCAGCAUCGAAAGCUGUAAACUGGCAGGCCAACCGGUUCUCUAUCAUAGCGUUCCAGUCCGCUCUGUAGAAAAGUUUUAUAUAACCCGUAAUCGGACAACAACUCAUUCCUGUUCGUUUGGGUAUCGUUUGGCAGUACCGCGAGAGUAACUUCAGCAUAACGUACGGUUCAACGGAAGUGUGCGAGUUUUUCUACCAGCCGUAAGCUAAAUCACGUGUCCGGUAAUAUAUCUGUGUUGUUUUAAGAAGAAGUAGAAAAAAUCGACACUGUGGAAGAUUGACGUAGUAACAAACCACAAUCCGUUGGAGGGCGAGCUCGAGAUACCGGGCUUGAACUGUAUCAAGUAAAUAUCGGUUUACGUUCUGGAUCUACGUAGAAGCUUGAUCUCGUAGAUACAGAAUCCGAAAGAAAUCGCAGUAGAGCCAAUUUCUCACGGAGCGUCUCAGUCAGCGGUAUAGGUUUGAACUUACACCAGAAAGCAGCAACGGAUUGGAUCGGUAGAGUUCCGCGAACCGCACACGAUAUGGAAGGCUAUUGGGAAGCCCCUAGUGGUCACGCGCCUCAUCCUGUCAAAUAUGAAAGGUUAGUCAUUGUUAUGUCUGGAUUUUCCAGCUAGGGCCCUAAGUGAAGCAUCCGUGCCCGGAUAUUCGUAUUGCAACGAACAGCUAAACUUUUCCACUACCAACACCACAUACAGCGAAGAUGACGCUGACUUUGCACCCGGACGCCGGGGUAAAACGUCGCGGCAAGAUCCAUUGUCACAUCGGAUAAUCGAGAAACGACGACGUGAUCGGAUGAACUCCUGUCUGGCCGAUCUGUCGCGUCUAAUUCCGCAGCAGUACAUGCGCAAAGGCCGUGGUCGGGUGGAAAAAACUGAAAUCAUCGAAAUGGCUAUCCGACACCUGAAGAACUUGCAAAACCAAGAAUGUGCACGCGAAUCGUCUUGUGCUGAGCAGUACCGACUGGGUUACAACGAUUGCCUGACCGAAGCUGCUAAAUUUAUGCUGCGCGAACGAGGCGAGGAGAUGUGCUAUCGAUUGGUGGAUCAUCUGAAAGAACACUGCAGCGAAAUUAUGAAAGGUGAAUUGUUAAAGUCCCGCUGUGGUUCGGAGAUUCCAAACGGUGGCAGCCCAGUGUAUCUACAUCCUGGUCCCCUGUCGUCGCUGCGUGAUAUGUUAUCCUGUCCUUCGGAUUUGGAGCACAGUAGCAAUGAUCACCACGACGUAAAGGACCUAAGCUUCCGAAGCAGCACCAACAGUUGCAGUAGCAAUCCACCACAAGCUGCCGUGAUCACCUCAACCGCACCAAACAGUGUACAGCAUUUAGACACUUCGAGCAAUCACUCAACAGUUGAUUACGAAGCCUCAUCACCCUCUCGUAUUUCCACCAGUUCCGCCAAUGGAGCACUGCAUCAUUUCCAGCAGGACAGCAACAACAACAUUAACGCCCAGCACGAAAGUGUCUUACGAAACAUUCGUAUGCGGAAGUUCUCCGAAACUUCACCAGAGCACGAGCACAACCACAACAGCUACAAAUUUAAGAACUAUAUUCAGCAGCGUUUUUCGCAAGACACGCAUGGAAAUGAAAAUGGGCACAUGGCUGAUGGUCCGCAUAGUCCAUCAUCGCUUCCCGAGGAUCACCAGAUGCCUGAAAUUCCUCCACAGUCGUUAGAAAAACCUCUAAUGAAUGGACUCGGUCUAAAACGUAAAUCCGAAUGUGCCACUACCAUCGACGGAAAUGAUGAACCGCUGUCCCUGAAACGGAAGGUUAUUGCAAUGGACCAAUCGUCGCCUGUAACACUGGUUCAAGACGAACGGGAUGAACUGGUGAUGGAUAAGAAACCCAAAAAUGGACUUGCUGAAAUCAAGAAUGAACAUGUGACAAGAAACGCUUAUGCAUCUUACACCGUUCCGAUCUUUGCUUGCCAUACACAGGGUUUCUAUAUUCCGCUCAACGUGGACUACGAUACUUUACUGCCAUAUCUGAAUGGAGUCGAUUUGUUCGGAAAGAGUUACGCCCAGAUGCCGCCGUUACAUCCAAUCAAUAUAAGCGUUAACUACUCCUCUAGCAGCUUACUGAAAACGGCCAUGAAUGGACUAACUUCCAUCGGAAAGGCCAAGCUAGUCGAAGGACUGGUAAAUGGAUGUUAGAAUUUCGUGUUUCAAAGAUCUAGCGAUCGACGAUAGUUGAAAUAUUCCAGAAAACUUCACAACAAGUAAAAUGCAAAACAGCUAGUUUGUCACCAAUUUUAUGUUCUCUUGCUCUGGAAUUUUGCGUUCGAUUACUGCAUGUUUAGUAUGUCUAUCUUUGCUUAUGGAUUUAAUAUCAACUUCAUGAUAUCUACUCAUCAGCUAUGAGAGGUACAAUUCAGGAUAAGGGUUCUCCUCGCAGAGUAAUAGAAGGUUCUUCCGGUGACAUCGCAUGCACUGUGAGGAGAAACAUAGUGCCAGUUUGUUUGAUUAUCACUGUGAAAAUUAUAGUUUUAGUAAUCCACAUUUCAUCCGUUAUUGGUCUGAUAUAGGUGUGACUUUGAGCCACACUAGGUUAAAAACUUCUACCGAUGUUUGGCUCGCCUUGAGAAAUUUUUAAUGAUUACAACUCGACCAGCGUCGAAGUUAACAUUAAAUACAUCGUUCACUUUUUUUCUGUGUGAUUUUACACCACAUCCCCCAAAAAAUUUGUGGAUUUUCCUCAAUGUACUUUUCAUGGAGAGAAAAAAAACUUUGUUAAAUUUUGUUCGUGCUCACAAGUUGUAAUGUGUUAUCUCCACGGAAAAUAAUCAAAUUUAUUUAUUUUCAACUUCGCUAACCAAACAAUGCUUCGAAUAUUUUACAUGGACCUGAACUGUCUGCUAUAUGUGAGAUACGAGUAAAUAUCUUUAAAAAAAAAAGACAACUGAACAAUACAGCUCAAGCGCAGAAGAUUUCUGCGUGAUAAUAUUCAAAAUUAUUGGAUCCACUGAACAGUGUAUCAAUGCUGCAUAAUCAGAAUGAGCUCGGUUUUGACCUUGGGAAGAACUAGACAUAUGGAUCGAAAACAAAGUUCCCACACUUUACUUACAACCCGUUUGUCUAAUAAAUACCAUCUUCAAAUGUUAGGAAACAGAUAAGACAAAGGUCACAACCGAAAUUCAGUGUGCACCAAGCAAGAAAAUCCAAACCCUAAAGUGCAUUUUUGCCAUAACAAACCGCAUUUGUCCCUUUUAUUAUGAAUACGUAAAAACCUGCACAUUACAACAAUUGAAAUUUGAAAAUAAGAUCUGCUUACUUAAUCACAAAAUUGCUGCAGAUAACAAUUGCUUGGAAAUAAUAAAAAUACACAGAAAGUAAUAAAUGUAAUGCUAAACAGAAGAAUUGAAAAUCAAUUUCCAUCACUGAAGGAACCAAGUAACUGACUAAUAACAAAUAAACUGAUAAAACGAGGUAUGUCUAAUUGUAUAGUUAAACUCAGGUAUACACUAUUUUUAGCCAAACAGAAAAUCCCAUGCAGAAUAGAUAGCGUAUAAUUCAAUGACAAAAGGAGAACAAGUGCUACUGUGCGAAACAAUGUGGAACCCUAGGUAGCACACGGUAGGAACAUUUAGAAAAACAAAAUGAAAACCAGAUUGUAUAGAACAAGUAACUUCUUGAUGAUAGAACCGACUUUUUUUUGUAAAUCGUCCAAACAGAGUCAGUGAUGCCACCAACCCGUCUCUUUUAAACUGGUUGAGUUUCAUGAUUUUUUAUUAUCAAAUAUAAUUAAAUUAAAAUCUUUUAAUCUGUGAUACUGAUUAACAACGGAAACCAACAAAAUGACGGGAAACAGUAGCGACAAAAUGAGGGAAAUGAAUGCAAACAAAGAGAUUUUUAGACAUUGUUUGACGGCCAAACAAGUUUAGAGUUGAAACUUAAAUGCUUUGUAUAAACCAUUCAGUCGCUUUAUUCUUGUAUAUUUUUAACUAAGAGCAGAAACAACAACAAACCAACAAGAAGAGAAACAUUUUUACGAAACAUGAGUAGACAAGUGCUGUAAAUAAUUAUAGAAAGUCAACCAAAUAAAUUGUCAUAAUAACAA